AGUUUAAAUUAGAGUGGUGCUGGAAAAGCACAGCAGCCUAUCUUCAAGUGAGAAUGCAGUCUUCAAAUCCAUGGGAGCCAACAGUUGAAAACCCAGCAGCCCGUUUCCUUGAGAGGUGUAUUGGAAAGGGAUUACUGACACAGGACACUUUGGAUUUAAACAAGGUGGAGUUUGGAAACACAGUGCCAUUUGUUGAACGCUUCAGACUAAUAGAUGAAAUUUCACACACCAGGGCAGAACUUGAACAGAAAUCUCUAGAGUUGAAGCUGCUUAAAUUGCAGAAUGACACCGCAGAUAUUGCCCACCCAGUGUGUUUGGCUGAGAAGUACAGUCAGCUUCAGUCGAUGAACAGCCACUUGGAGGCGAUCUUGCAGGAGACAGUGUUGCUGAAGCUGCGGUUAGUGCAGCCUAUUUGCCAUCAGUGUCUACCUGUUGAAGCCAAUUGUCACAGGUAUGUCUCUGAAAUCUUGCCCAUGAUGGUUAAUUUCAUUGAGAAACUGGACUCCAAUCUGGAGCUGAUAAAUACCAUUCCUCAGGUGACCAAGAAAGUAAAGAUAAUAGAAAAUCUUGUUGCCAAAAUGGUAUCCGACAUACUGGAGCUGAAGGAACUGUUGGAGUUGAUCAUGAGAUGGAGAGAGCAGCAGAAGACUGGUCUUGAACAUCUGGGAAGGUUUGUGGAAUUUUCAGAACAUUUCUGGGAGAAGGGUGACCUCAAGUGGAAUGGUUGAUGACCUCUGACUUAUAACAUUACUAUGGCACUUCAAGCAAGUUCUUUUAAAGCACCUAUUUAGGAGCAGAAAUUCAUUUUUUUUUAAAACUCCAAACUUAAAGAUGGCAGGUUUUGCUUCCCAAAAUGUCAUUAAGUAAACUAUUUAGGUUCUCAAAAUGACAGAUUCGUGGUCACUUUUACCAGUGUGAACAUUUUAUUCCCCCGUUGCAUAAACUGGAUCGGAUUUGUGAAUUUGUAUG